CUACAUCAUUUCGCACUUGUCGCUUUUAAAGAACAUAACAAGCAGCCGAUUAAUAAUUUCCCUUGUUCUUAAAACUUGUGAAAAAAGAGAACGUAAAAAUGUGGAAGAUCUUCACAUUUCUGUUGCUUUUCUGCGUAGUAACAACUUUCGCUUAUCCUUCGAUCCAGCCAGAAUUAACCGGAGGUCCCAUAUUAGACAGAUUGAAUAGAGCUGCUGAUCGUUAUGGAAAUGGACGUAAAGGUGAUAGUGGAUAUGGCAAUAAAUAUGGUGGUAAUGGUGGUGGAUAUGACAAUAAAUAUGGUGGUGGUGGUGGAUAUGGCAAUGGACAUAGCGGUGGGCGUGGGUAAAUAAACUGAUCAUUUAUAUAAAAAGAUGCAGUUUAUACAAAAAAUGCGAUGACAGAUUUUUCAAAAAUAUAUAGAAUAACUCGUCCGAUAUUAUAAUAACUAUAGUUUGUUAUACAAAAUAUUAUUUUGAGAUAAAACAACAAGAUAUUUAUCAAUAUUGUUAUAACUCAUUUGUAGAAAAAAAAAGUUACAACUCAUUUGUUAUAAUCCAUGUUACACUAAAUGACACAAGCGAUAUUGUUUGUUAUUUGCUAGUUUGUAAUAAUAACUUGUUAUAUAAUCAUGAGUAAAAUAAAAUGUAAUAUCUCUGACAUACACGAAAUAUACAGUUUAUUUCAUUUACGUGAAAUAUAUAAGAUAUUUAUAUGCACCAUAAUUGCAUAAUUAUAAGAAAUAUCGAUUACACUGAUACAUUCUAAUAAUCAAUAAUUAUUACGAAAAGGUAAUGCAAUAUAUCGGUUAUAUAACAAAAUAUACAUAUCUAAAAUUUAUAAGCGAUCUUAAAAUCGCUCUAAUUUUUCCUCUAUGAAAAUAUACAUUUUGAUUAAUUCUUCGAUUAGUACGUCACUCUUGUUAGAAAAUUAUUAAUGCUCAUAAGACAAUGGAAAAAAAAAAACUUCGACCAAUAUGAAACGAUAUCAGUAACAGUCUUUGUUCUGUAUUUCUCCAAUUUCCGAUUGUCACUAAUGUUGCUACAAACACGCGACACCGUAUGAUCUUAUUUCAUACACAUAUUACGUGGAAUGUGGAAUAAAAGAGCUUCCCCCAUAGGAAAUCGCAAUAUUAACGCAAAAGUCUUCUACCUCGUCGCAUGUAACUUUCAAGAAAAAAAAAAAGACAGAAAGUAACAAAUACGCAAGAAAGGAAAACAUGAAAUAUCAGUUGAUAUUAUUUUUUGCUAUCCUAACAGGCAUACAAUGUCGGUCGAUAAUACUCGAUGAAAUGCCUAAAAAUGAUAGUGCCAAACCGAAAAGAAUCGAGCGAUCGUUUGACGAUGAAAUAACAGAUAAAAUGGAACAAUUCGAUAGGAAGAAUGAAGCCGAAUCGACGACGAAUGUAUUCUGGUUACCUUCACCGUUCAUAUAUCCAACGUGGUUGCGAUCUUCAAAUCAAUCUUUCUGGCAAUUAUCUGAGAAAUAUUUGAAAAGAAGUGAAAAUUCUGAUUCCACUUUGACGGAACAAAAAGACAACAAAGAAACUUGGAAUAACGAUAAAUUAUAUAUCGAGGAAGGGGCUAAAAUGAUCAAAACCUGUGCCGAACAAAUCGAUGAAAUGUUGCUGUUGAUACAAAACGCUCUUGGCCAAUUUCGAAAAUAUUUGAACGAAUGGUGCAGGAAUCAUCAUUCGAUGGUCAAAUUAUCACCGGAAUCAUCCGAUACAUUUUAUCUUCCUAAAAAUUGACUGAAUAUUUAGAUAUUAAUACGAAAUUUAAAAAAAAAAAAUUUGAACUCAUUUUUAUAUUGUCAAUAUAUUGAUCUAUCAUCUUAUAAUAUUAACCAUAUAUCUAUUGAUUAAAUUUUACAUUUUAUAACAUUUAAAAUGCAAUUAACUAUAUAAAACACACAAACAAAAAUCAUUAUAAAACAACAAAUAAAAAUAUUAUUCCAAAUGAA